AUGCUACUCGAACAACUGUUAAAUGCAGAUCUUCGAGGAGACGUGGUAGCGGAAUCGUUCAACAGUACGUCUCUCUACACGAUUGUGUCGAAUGAGGCUGCCUUUGAGGCCACAUACGAAUUGCUAAGGGAUCACGAAUGCAUUCUCAGAUUGUGGUCCGGCGUUUACUAUGAGCAGAUUAGGGGUUUGGCUAUGGCCCAACGGAUAGCACCAGCAUUGGCAAUAGCCUACAUGUCAAAAGUUGAGGAACCUAUUCUAAACCACAGGCCAGUUCUGUACACUCGCUAUACUGAUGACUGA